AUGCGCAGCUGGAUAGACAAUGUUUUCUUAAAAGGACCUCUCGCCGAACACAGGGCCAGAUGCGACAUUCAACGUCGACGACCUGAAGCCAAGGUCGACAUCAGCGAAGUAUCCGUGCUGUGCUCGGAUGGAAGCGAGGAUACAUUUGUCAUACGGGUAUAUGACCCCGAGCUUGAAGAGAAGACUUCAAAGCAGCUGAGACCAGCAAUACUCAUGCUCCACGGUGGUGGAUGGAUCCAUGGCAAGCCUUGUGGCGACGAAACCAUAUCGACAUUGUUCGCGUCUGAGCUGGGCGCCGUCGUUCUGGGCGUCGAUUAUAGACUUGCUCCCGAGCACCCGUUUCCAGCCCCCCUAGAUGACUGCAGUGAGGCGAUUGCAUGGGCGAUCCGGAACGCCGGAAAAUACCAAAUCGAUACCUCGCGCAUAGCAUUGUGGGGUGCUUCGGCAGGCGGGAAUCUUGCGGCUGCAGUUAGCAUUAGACACACCCAGCAGCGUCCAGUGACCGGGUUUCCCAAUCUGCGGAUGGUGAGCCUUGUGGUCCCUGUGACUGCACACCCAAAAGCACAAGAUGCAUUCAAUAAGCAACGGCCUUGCCAAACCAGUAGCAUCGAGGAAACAGUUGCAGACGUCCCAUUGGCCCCGGAACUGGUGGUUAAGGAAUUCGAGAAAUUAUACGAUCUCUAUGUCGGCAAAUCGACGGACAUAUAUGAUCCUCUUGUAUCUCCUCUCAUGGCCCAAGCCAUCGCACAACACCCCAAGACCCACGUCACAGUUGCCGCCUGCGAUUAUUUGAUGCCUCAAGGUUUGGCGUACGCGCAGCUUCUUCGCUCAUUUGGUACAGAGGUUACGGAAGAGAUCCUACCUGGUGUUCCCCAUGGCUUCACCUUUCCAAUGAAUGCCACCGUGACAAAGAGGUGGCUUGAGAACCAGAGAGACAUCUUUAUGUCAGCAUUUGGCUGUGCGGAUCCUGACUCACGGUAG